AUGGCCGCCGUCCAGCUUAAGUUUGCCCUGCGCACUUCGUCCAAUGUCAAGACCGUCCAUCUGGUCGGCUCUUGGGACAACUACUCGCGCCAGUUGCCGCUGUCUGCUGAGGACAAGCCCGGUGCCUGGCUGGGCAAGUUUCGCUUCCAGACCUCCAUGUUGCAGCUGGGUGGUCGCUACUGGUACUACUACAUCAUGGAUGGGUACCACGUCUCGCACGACCCAGCCGUCGAGUACACCGUCGAGCCCACAACAGGCCGCAAGCUUAACAUCCUCGACGUCCCCGGCGGCAAGACCAGCUCCAGUCACCGCAGCAGCGCUCCAAAGGCCCGCCGCGGCUCGACCAACAUCGCUACCGGCCGCGCCCUAUCCCCCUCCAAGAUCCAGCACCCCAAGCCAUCCAAGCCAUACGCCUCGCGCCAGCUCCGCGAAUCCGAGUUCGCUGCACCCACAGUCGACGACCUAACGCGCCGCUUCGCUGGCUCCCGCCUGUCAGACUCGGACGGGUACUCAUACUCCAACAGCCCGCCCAGCUCCGCCGGUUCAUCGCUGUCCUCCCGCUCGUCGUCAGGCUCGGGAUCUACCUCUCCGUCAUCCCUCUCCUCGCUCAGCGACCCGCCCCUGCCCCAAUGCCGCUGCGAGCGCUACGGUAUCACCCGUAAGGGCGACCGUGUCAAGCUCGACUGCGGUGGUAAUCGGUGUGGGUAUAUCACCGAGAGCUCGGAGGCGAGCUGUUCUGAGUCCGAGGAUUCGGACGAGGAGUAUCGUCGUGUGCGCUCCGCUGUUCGUCGCCAGGGUAUUGUUGUGCGACGCUAG